AAAUUACAGAUUGUCACAGAGCCUAUGUUUUGCAAGACACUGCAUAUUCAAUGGUGAGGAACAAAAUGGAUACAGAGUUUGGACGACUUUGUGAACAAAUUAAAGAAUCUCGUGAGAAAAGAGGUCGCACCUCUCCAGCAUGUACUCCAUGCGACAACUCCAAGUCACCACAGCAGAACCCUGCUACUGAAGACGACAAACCAGAUGAAGAGAGUAAUGAAAAUGAGGAGAUGACAGCGGCACCUGUAGAUGCCAGUACACCCGUUUCUAAUGGUGCGUCAGAAAGAAAGCGCAGAAGGAACAACUGUGCGCAUGCUGCAGCAAAGAGAAGAAGGAGUUCUCAAUUCGAUACAGAGAACAGAGUACCAACAGAUGACCAAAACGAUAGUGAUGAAGAAGAGUUUGUGGACAAACAUGUUUCUGACAUAUGUCAAGUAAAACUUAACACUGAAAAGGAAAGUGCUAAGCUUUGUGGAUAUUCCCCACCAAGAUGGGGAACUAUAACUAAUGAAAAUCCAAGUUCAAAUGAUCCUGGGCAUUUCAAGCGGUGACUCCUGAACGUUCUUGGGAAGAAGACCAGCAACAGAUAAGUGAUGAGAACACUGUACAAGUCCCUACGGAGACAGACUACAUAGUUAUUGUGGAUCGCUAUGAGCUCAAAGUAUGUCUAAUUUCAGCUUUUUUUUAAUGCUCAAAUAGGACAUAUUCCUGCGUCAUGUAAAAUUGCAAAUUAAGCCCAUUGUUAACCAAUGCCAAUUAAAACAAUUAAUUGGAAGGACAUAUAGAUAGUGAAAUAAUUCAGCCUGUAAUGCACUGUGACUGUUUAGUUUCCACACCUCAUGUAGAUUUCUGUAGGCUACCAUUUGCUUCUGGUCAUCUGUAGUUUAGGAGACAGAUUCUUUGCCAAAUUUUUAAGAUAAAAGGCCUUGCUGAAUUUUAAAAUACCACACUGACAACCUGCUAGUACUAUUAUGGAUAUCAUUUUAAUGAUUCAUAAUUCUUAUGAUGGGUUUGAGGGCUUUUAUUUGGGGAUUUUUUUUCAUGCUUUGAUGUAUUAAGAACCUGAAAAGGAUCUUUAUUUCUUGCAGUGAUGAUUUUAAACCUGAAGUUAGCAGGUUGACGUAAACUAGCUAGCCAUGGAGAAGUGACUACUUUUCUGAAAUUCCUUGAAAGUGCAGUAUUAGAAUUUCUUAUAUUGUGUGUGUAUAUAUAUAUAUAUAUAUACAUGAGGGAGGCAGAGUUUGCUGAUAAGAUGAUAAGCAGCAUUAUUUCCAGGGGGCAGUAGUAUUUCCAUUUGGUAUGGCUGCUCCCUAAAGCUACAUACUUGCAGGCUCACACAGGUAAUGGACAGCUGUGGCAGUGGAAGAAGGUGCUGCCACUAGCUUGUCACUGUUGCUGUGCCAGAGAUUAUCAUCUCUGCAUCUUUGGUAAUAGAAAUGACUGUGUGAGAGAGAGGUGAUUGCUACAAGCAGUCGCUUUGC